ACUGCCCAAAAUCUCACGGGUGCGCACACUCGGUCGCGCAGUUCCGCUCCCCUACCUGAGUCACCCGCUAUACGCCACGUAAUACACGUAAAACUAAACCUCACAUUCGCUGCUUUAGCUUCUUCUGCAACACCCUUCCUUCCGACGCAUAGAACCUCUCUCCACCAAGCAAGCAAGCACUUACCACACCUACCACCCAAACCAACAACCACAGCCGCAAAUAUGCUAGGAAUCGCCGAUAUGCAGCCCAGGCAACUUGCCGCGCAAAUUCUCAACUUCGCACUCGUCCUCUCUACCGCUUUCAUGAUGUGGAAGGGUCUCUCCGUCGUAUCCGACUCGCCCUCACCCAUUGUCGUCGUACUCUCCGGAUCCAUGGAGCCUGCGUUCCAGCGAGGUGAUCUGCUAUUCUUGUGGAACAGGGGGGCGGAUACGCAAGUGGGCGAGAUUGUCGUUUAUAAUGUAAAGGGCAAGGACAUCCCGAUUGUGCAUCGUGUUGUGAGGAGAUAUGGGGGAGGUAAAACACCCCUCCGCCUCCUCACCAAGGGCGACAACAACCUCGCAGACGACACCGAACUCUACGCCGCCGGUCAAUCCUUCCUCAAUCGCCAAGAAGAUGUCAUCGGAAGCGUUGUCGGCUUCAUACCUUUUGUCGGAUACGUUACCAUUCUACUAAGUGAGCACCCAUGGCUCAAACAAGUCAUGUUGGGUUUGAUGGGUGUCAUGGUCGUGCUGCAGAGAGAAUAAUCAGCAUAUGUUAGUAAACACGGACAUUUGGGAGUUUAGCACUCAUCAGAGAUGGUCGAAGAGGCGCAAAGUGCCGGAAAAAAGUAGGAUGGCUUUCUUGGCGUAAACUGCUGUAUAUUUGCUGGACGGUGAUGAAGAGGUGGCAAGCUCAGGCGUUUAUAACAUAUCUCCCUGAAGAUACUUGUGAUGUAUUGAAAACACUAAAAAUAAAUACCAACUGCCGUGC